AUGAACGCCGCCCCCCCUGCAGGAAGCGCCCUGGCCCCUAGUGCAACAGUGGGCCCCACCACGCCCAAGAAGGGACCACCCAAAUUCAAGCAGAGGCAGACCCGUACAUUCAAGAGCAAGGCCCCAAAGCCAGGCCAGAAGGGCUUUGGUGACGAUAUCCCCGGCAUGGAGGGUCUUGGCACAGACAUCACAGUGGUGUGCCCAUGGGAAGCCUUCGGCGACAUGGAGCUCAGCGACUUGGCCAAAUAUGGCAUCAUCUAA